GAAAGAUAACCUUAUUACGUUGUUUCACAUGUGCAGUUCUCAACUAUGUGUGUACAAAUAGUGACAGUUCAUAUAAAAUAGUAUCCCGUAUAGUGAUAAUCAAAGUACAUAUAAUGCGCAGUGUCAUCAAGAUGAUUAUUGUGUUAGUGGUACUGCUCGUCGCCUUUCAGUACCUCUUGUCCGCUCUCUUUUUGAUAUCGCGUCAGUUUGUUGAUCUCAGCAUUAUGCACACGUCCCUAGAACACGUGAUGAAUGCGCCGAUGCUUGGAAACAUAACUAUACGUCAUGCGACGCCUGAAACUCAAGAGCUGUGUCCGUCGAUACCACCAAAAUUGCAAGGUCGCAUUAGCAUUAACAUGAGCGUACUAUCAUGGGCGUCGUUGGAGCAAACAUUAACAUACCUCGAAAUAGGCGGUCAUUUUCGACCAGCAGGAUGCGUCGCGCGCACCAAGGUCGCCAUCGUGGUCCCCUACCGGAACAGAGAAGUACACCUUAAAAUAUUCCUGAACACCAUACACCCAUUUCUUCAAAAGCAACAGCUGGAUUAUGGAAUGUUUGUCAUAGAGAUGGCUCCAAACAUCACGUUCAACCGCGGACUUCUAAUGAACAUUGGCUACCAGGAGGCAUUGAGGGACUAUGACUAUCAGUGCUUCAUCUUUCACGAUGUCGAUCUCCUGCCUGAAGAUGAUCGCAACCUGUAUUCGUGUGAACAGAGUCCCCGUCACAUGUCUGUAGCUAUUGAUAAACACAAUUACACACUCCCAUACGAAGCGUAUUUUGGCGGUGUAAGUGCCAUUUCCAGACGCCAUUUCCAGAAAAUAAACGGUUUCUCAAACGUAUUCUUCGGUUGGGGAGGGGAAGAUGAUGACAUGUACUUACGAAUUGUAUACACCGGUCUGGAUGUGACGCGGAACUCUGCAACAGUUGCAAGAUAUAAAAUGCUUCGUCAUGCAGAGGACAAGUUAAACGAGUUAAACGCCGUCAGAUUCCGUUUACUAAAUACUGCCCGUAGAAGACGUUUGCAAGAUGGCAUUAGAAAUGUCAAGUAUACAGUCUUGAAGAAGGAGUAUCGUCAAUUAUACACGUGGAUAUUGACAAGUCCUCACACAUCUGGUGCUAUGUUUAGCGUCAAUGGACGAGAAGGAUUGCGGAUGUCCCAAAGAAAAAACAAACAUUUCUGAUAUUGCAGAAAAUAUAGUCAGACAGUGUAUAAAAUGCCUUCAACGCCCAUUAAAUUGAAUAAAAAAACAAAAGGUGUUUGAAAACGU